GGCUUGAAAUUGUCGCAUGGAAUAAGUCUAUAUAUGGCUUAUCGAGAAACGGAUUUAACGGAACGUAAUAACGUAAAAUUUGUUUAAUGCCAAGCAUCGUUAAUAAAGUGAGUGCUGUUGGUUACAAGCCAAGUAAAAAAAAUAUUAUUAUUAGUUAUGAAUAAAUGCCUGAUCCAAUAUUACAUAUCAAAUGUUAAAGUCAAAUUGCAAAUGGUGUUAGGCGCAUAGUAAACAACGAUUCAUAUUUUACUGCUUUUAAAUAUUUCGUAUUUUCCUAUACGAAAAAUAUUUACAAACGCGGCAGUGUUAAACAAGAAACCAAAAUAUUAAAAUAAUUAAACGACUAUUUCCGUGCCAAUUUCAAGCAACUGUAGCAAUUGUACUCAAAGCAAAACCAAAUUAUCAAAAAUGACUGUGAAAAAAAUUUGGCCAACGAGCGGUAGCAUGAACGUGGAUACUCCGGCUGCGCCCAAAGAUGACAACGAAGUGGUUUCAAAGGGAGGCUGUUGCCUGGGCUUUGGCGUACGUCAUUUCGAAGCCUUUCUCAUAUUCUUCAGUCUCGCUGUAGCCUAUUCGUUGCGUGUUAACUUAUCCGUCGCCAUUGUUGCUAUGACCGACAAAUCUGCAAAUCCUGAUUUCGAUGAAUUCGACUGGAAUGAAACCACAAAAUCUCUUCUACUCAGCAGUUUUUUCUGGGGCUAUAUUAUAACCCAAGUACCGGGUGGAGCUUUGGCUCGCAAAUUUGGCGGUAAAAUCACAUUACUAUGUGGUGUUCUAACCUGUUCCCUACUCGCCAUACUCACGCCCAUUUUUGCACAAAUUGGUGAUUGGAAGCUCGUGUGUGCACUACGUGUAGCGCAAGGUCUCACCCAAGGCAUGGUUUUCCCCUCAACACAUACAUUGAUCUCAAAAUGGUCUCCUCUCGAGGAUCGCGGAAGCCUUACCACCUAUUGUUAUUCGGGUUCGCAAUUCGGUACAGCAGUUAUGAUGGCAACCAGUGGUAUAAUCGCUUCUUCGUCAAUGGGUUGGCCGGGCAUCUUCUAUCUGUCGGGCGGUAUUGGUGUUAUAUGGGCUAUUUUAUGGGCCAUAUGGGGUGCUAAUUCGCCAGCUGAAUCCAAAUUAAUAUCACCUGAAGAAAAGAAAUUUAUCGAACAAUCACAUGGUAAUAGCAGUGAGGAGCAUAGCACACCAGCACGCAUACCAUGGGUGAAAUUCUUCACCUCACCACCAUUUUUGGUAUUAAUUUUGGCACACAGCACACAUAACUGGGGCUUCUGGACAUUGCUUACCGAAAUCCCCAGCUACAUGAAAAACGUGUUUGGCAUGGAUAUUAAAAAGAAUGCCCUGCUCUCUGCGCUACCUUAUACGGCUAUGUUUAUUAUGUGUUUCGUUUUUUCGACCAUCUCAACAAUCCUCAACAAGAAACAAUGCAUACCACUCUCCGUGAGCCGCAAACUUUUCAACACUAUCGGUCACUGGGUACCAAUGAUAUCUCUGAUUGGCUUGGCUUAUGUGGGCGCCGAUCAGACUACGCUAGCAAUUGUACUGCUUACCAUCACUGUUGGUAUCAAUGCGUCUACGUAUUUGGGCUUCCAGGUCAAUCACAUAGAUCUAUCCCCUAACUUUGCCGGCAUUCUGAUGGGUAUCACCAAUUGCGCGGCGAAUAUUAUGAGUAUCAUAGCGCCGUUGCUUGUCGGAUUUAUCGUUACCGAUGAGAAAAACUCAGAUCAAUGGCGUAUCAUCUUCUUCAUUGCUAGCGGUUUCUACUUCAUCGGUAACUUGAUGUUCAUCAUAUUUGGUAGUAUAGAAGUGCAGCCAUGGAACGAUCCACAACCGCGUCCCUCACCAGAGAAACGCAACUCCACCCAACUUGAGUCACAGCAUUAGGCACGAGGACGCUACACAUACUUACAUAUGUGUAGUAUUUCUUCGUCUGAUUUUUAUUUUUAGUUCUUUUUUGUUCAUACCGUUGUGGUAUAUUGUUAUUGCUUAUCUGCAUUUGUCUAUGUAUUAGUUAAGAUGUUAAAUAUCGACUUAAUAGCAAUUACUUGAUAAAAAGUAGAAUUUAACUACCAAAAUUAUGUAUCAUAAUUUAGCAGAGUGAUGAAAUGAAGAUCUAUGUUAAUUAAGUUUAAUGAGAAAAGAAAAGAAAAUAAUAAAAUAAAAUAUAAUAC